CCAUCCUAGUUUAUCAUCCCAUCCCAUCAUCCCAUCCUAGCUUAUCAUCCCAUCUCAUCAUUCUGUCAUCCCAUUCCAUCGUCCCAUCUGUCAUCCCAUCCCAUCCCAUCAUCCCAGGGCCAAGCACCUCCAGGUGUGCCCCAACCCUAUGAGGCUGGGCUGGGCACAGGCAGGAGAGUGGCUCUGCCCCCUGGUUCAGCUCCCCUGGGUCCAUUGGAGCCAUCAGCCCCUGCCACGAUCCCAAUGGGAUGCUGAGCUGUGGGCAGGCCAUGCACUGGGGAUUGUGCCGGAUGGGGGCACCCCGCUCUCUGGCUUCCAGUGCCGGUGGCCGUGCCACGCAGCCGCAGGGAGAGUGGGGCCAACAUCACUGGCGAGGACCAACCUCGUGACACGAGAUGGUGUGAAUGCUGUGAGGACCCGCUGGGCUUUUGCAAAGCGUGUGGGGAGGAACUUGGCUGAUGGAGUCCCUUCCUUCCGCUUUUCCGGAAGAAAGCCAAGCUGAGCCAAACUGAGCUGAGCCGAGCUGACCUGAGGCAAGUUGAGCUGAGCUGAGCCCACCUGAGCCAAGCCGAGCCAACCUGAGCCAAGCCAAGCCAAGCCAACCUGAGCUGAGCCAAGCCAGCGCAUUGGGGAGCAGGACAUGGGAACCACCAUGGCUCUGGUGACGCAAGUGCUGCCUCUUGCCUGCCUGCUGCUGCUCCUGCUCCACAGAGUCCCGGGUGUGGAUGCGCAGGCGGGUCAGGACUUCGAGCUGCAGCAGCCUCAGGACCCAGUGACGGUGCCAGCGGGGCAGACGAUCACCCUGACCUGCACCACAUCAGGAGAUGGUCCUGUUGGUCCCGUGAAGUGGCUGAAGGGCAGGGACAGUGGGGUCAUUGUUUAUGCUCAGACAGGGUCCUCGCCCCGCGUGAUGAGGGCAGUGGAUGAGUCCAACACAGACUUCACCAUCCACAUCAGGGAUGUUCAACCGGAGGAUGCCGGCAUCUAUUACUGUGUGAAGUUCCGCAAGACGCUACGAGGUGAUGAGGAGUUUCGGCGUGGGAAGGGCACGGAGGUGUCUGUGCGCGCCAAACCCACACCCCCAGUCGUGUCUGGGCCCGGGCACAGAGUGGCACCAGGGGAAUCGGUGCCUUUCACCUGUGCGUCUGGAGGGUUCUUCCCUGAAGAAAUCAAUGUGAAAUGGUUCAAGGACAAGGGCCCCAUCUCUGCUCAGCAGCCCCAGAUCACCCCAGCGCGGACAAAAUCCUCCUACAGCAUGUCCAGCACGGUGACGCUGACGCUGCAGCGCGACGACGUGCGCUCCCAGCUCGCCUGCGAGGUGCAGCACCCCACGCUGACGGCCCCGCUGAGGGGGACGAUCCAGCUCAGCGAAGCCCUGCGAGUUUCCCCCAGUGUCCGUGUGGCCAUUGACUCAUGGACUCCUGUUGAGGUGAACAAGACCAUCAACUUCACCUGCGACGUGGAGGGGUUUUACUCGGCGGAUGUGGAUGUCACCUGGCUGGAGAACAGGAUGGAGGUGAAGGUGGAAAACAUCUACAAGCCACUGAAGACGCCCCAGGGUUUGUUCAAGCUGAGGAGCCUGUUGGAAGUUCAUGUGACGGAGGAGAAGAACGGCUCUGCGUUCACCUGCCGGGUUGUGCACGAUGCCCAGGCCCCCAUCAGCGAGACAGUUCUGCUAUGGAUCACCACUCCAGCCCUGGCAGGUCCCCUUGUCCCCAGCACAGGUUUCUGCUUCCUGUCCAGCCCCGGCUUGUGGCUUGGCAUCCUGCUGGAGAAGGCACUCCUCGGCAGCCUCCUCAUCUUCCUCUUCAAGCGCAGGAGGGCAUGAAGAGAGAAACACUGGGGCCACCGACCUGUUCCACUCCCUGUUGGCCCCCAGUGCCUUGGAUCGCUGUGCUGGAAGCAGGUCACAGGGCUCGGCCACCGUCAGCUUCAUCAACUGUAACUGGAAAUAAAUGGAAUGGGGUGCAUGAGUAGAUAAUAAAUGGACUGAGCUGCUCCACGCCACUGGUCCCGGCCACC